AUGAGUCUCCGGGCUCAUUUCCAACUCGCUCAUUCAUUGCGCUCUUUGGCUAGUCUGGCCAUUGAGUUCGCUCAAGGGGAGAAGAAACCAAAAGGGAUUCUGUCUUGGACUUUAUUGUUUGAGAUGGAGAAGCUCCAAUGUUUGAACCGGAGUGGUCUUUUGGCUGCUCUGGAUUGUGAACUAGUGAACUGCUUUUCCAGACAUACCAACAAGUCAGUAGCCUUCACUCCCUGGAAAAGGUUAUUGGAGGGUGCAAUCCCCUCACCUUGUCUUGAGUUCUUGUCUUUGUUUUCAUCGAAGGCUAAACUUAUUUAUAAAAAACCAACUGAUCACAAGUACCGUCAGGGAAAGACGUUGGAUAUUGGCUCUCCAGAUUUUGUCCUUUGGGACAUGUCAAGAUUGUCACAGAAAGAACUGGACAUGAGGGACGAACCCGAAGCAAAGUUAAGGUGCCUAAGUAAAUGCUAUGCUGUUCACUUGGGUGUCUCAGACACCUGUCCCGAGCAGUUUGGCAUUAAAGCAUUUCACCGAUACUUUGCCGUCAUGGUAAAUUUGAUGCCAUGCCGAGUAGGCAGGAAUGAGGGUUGUUGA